UUCAUGGCAACUUUUAAGGUGCCCAUUGAUUGUGUUCAGGUAUCACUUUCGCUGGAUCGAAGUGUUCUUUCAUCUAUUUCAUCGCAAAAUUUAGAAUUGUUUCUUAUGAAUAGUUUGCUCAAUCAGUGCAUGGGGACUUUGAGCUUCAAUUCUGUGAAUCCGAAUACCCAAUCGACAAUAAUUGAAACGAAAAACAAUGCAGAAUCAGGUUGCUCUCCGAACCCUAGUACUUUUUCUUACGAUCAUACAGAUCUGGCCCGACCUGCCAAAAGAAAAUGUAACCCGGGUCAAAAAGUUCUACCACGAAAAGAGCAAGCUCCAAUGACAUCGCAUGCUCCAACUGACAGUUUGUGUCCAACUAUCACGAAUAUCAUUUCAUACGAUGAAAUGAAUAAUCCAAGCAAAUUGAUGUCGGCUACAGGAUCAAGUGAUAGCGGUAAUGUUAUGGAUUUGAGCCCAGAUUCCACGAACAUAGCCAACAGCCAGAUAUCAAAUGGACGUUUGAAACAGCCUGUAAACGGAUCCAGGGUAUAUUUUAACCAUUCUCAAAAAGUAUACCCAAGUACUGCCCCUCCGUUAAGGGUGCAGGUCCCGAGUAAUGAUGGCCACUCUAAGUCUGCAUUCAACACUUCUGUCACUCCGCCCUUGUGCUCAUCCCAGAAUAACGAGGGAUUUGGAAUCUACACAGAGACAAACGUUGAUGAGCAAAUUUCUUCUAUCGGCGAUGAAUUUCGUGCACUUUUUCCUCCCGAAGAAGAUGAUCAGGAAAAUGAAUAUUCGUUAUCAUCAGGGGAUUGUCAGCUUCACACAUUACCGGGAUUAGAAUCUCAGGACAAUGGCCCUGUCUACAUAAAAACGGAAAACUUCGAUGAUGAGCAGGAUGAUAUUCGGUUUCUCCCAUCCGACUCUACUGACAUUCCGUCUGCGGCAGCAGAUUCGAUCACCUCUUCAGCGUAUGGCAGCUUCAGUUUAGCCGAUGACGAUCAACCCUCGUGUUCGAGCUCUGGCUCAAAUAACGACGCAAUAGACAAUUUAGCAAUAAUUGACCAGCUUUUCAAUAACGAUGAUGUCACGAGAGAUACUGUAGUUGUGACGCCAUGCAAACCACCGUCAGAUCCGAAACCAACCACCAUAAAGCCAGCCCCGAAACUCACCGCAGCUGCCCCUUACACUGUUUCUGUCAUUGCGAGCCAUUCAAACAAGGUGCCAUCUAUAAAGAUAAUAGGACCUGCGUCUGCCCGGCAGAGGAUCCGACCACGGGUGGGGGGAAUGGUAUCACGCAACUCAAUCACACCCUCGAAGAAGCGUCAAAACAGAGUGAGGAUCAACUGCUCAAUCUGUUCAUACAAUUCAGAUCGAGGCGCCAAUGUCGUGAGACAUUACAUCCUAGUGCAUAAAUUACCGGAACCAGUAGCGAAGUUAGUAGUCAAGGGCUUAAGGUCAACAGCAACCAUUGAGACCAUCAUUGAUGAGAAGGUUUCCAUACCGUCCAAGCCUCCUAAUAUUGCUCCAAGGCUCACGAGCUCUGUGUCUGACAAGGGAAACUGCAAAAUUGAAGCGACGUAAUUUAAAACAGUUUUUGGAUUCUUUUCUAUAUCAAUUAUAUUCUAUUGUUAACUGUUUGUAGACUAAAUAGUGCUAAGUUUUUAACUGUCGUUUUUUAAAGCCAUUUAAUGCGUAUUCAAUAAUAACUUAUUUCAAUUCAUCUCUAAAAUUGAUUAAAUUUAGUUCUUAAUUUGCUUAAAUCUAAUUCUAACAUUUUACUAAACAAAUAAAUUAAUACGAAUUAUGUAAAAAUGAAAACCUAUGAGUAGUCCAAAUUUAUACUUGCAGAGAAGCAGACCAUUUUUGUAUGGUUUCGAAAAAACUCAUUAUGAGAAAACUGAGAAAUAUCGGAUGCUUGCCUUAAUCUGAAGUUUUGUGAAAUUGUCUGCUGUUGUGGUGAAAUGUUCAUCGUAGAUUCAGAAAUUAAAAUAAUCCCCAAUUGGUUAUUCAUUUUUCUCACCUGCCUAUUUACGGUCUGUCUCAUUCUCAGCUGAAGUUAAUCAGUGGCUGUGAAUUUGAAUGUGACAUUAGCUCGUCGUUUUUACGAGGUUUGUUCUAUCUUUUUUCUAUCAAAACUCUCGUCACUUAUUAUAUCGCAUUUGGUAAGUCUCUAGAAUGAAAUUUGUAUUGUCGUUUACAAUUUUAAAUCUCACUUCAAAUAAUUAUGUGAUCAAAUAAUUUGUAAAUAUAGAUCUUUUCACUUA